AUGGAAGACAAGGGCUUAAGUUUUGCUGAUCAAUCUCUUUCACUCAAUUCUGCUGAGGACGCCAAAACUAUAGUUUCAGCAAUCGAAAAAUGUCCGUGCUUGGUUUUUUUCAAUCUUCAAGGAAAUACUUUAGGAAUUGAUGCUGCUAAAGAAAUUGGUCAUGCUCUUGCUAAACAUGGGUCUCAUCUUAAACAUGCAUUAUGGCAAGAUAUGUUUACUGGACGACUCAAAUCUGAAAUACCAAUAGUUCUAGAACAUUUAUCAGCUGGUUUAUUAACAGCGAAUGUACGUUUAUCUGAACUUGAUUUAAGUAAUAAUGCUUUUGGACCAAUUGGCAUGCAAGGCUUAGUUAAACUAUUGAAUUCACCUGUGUGUUACGAAUUACAUACAUUACGUUUAAUGAACAAUGGAUUAGGAAUUGGUGGAGCAAAAAUGCUUGCAAAAGCAUUGAUUGAUAAUUAUAAUGCUAGUACCAUGGCUGGUACUCCAUUUAAACUUAAAGUACUAGUAGCUGGUAGAAACAGGUUAGAAAAUGACGGUAUCAUCGCUUUAUCUCAAUUCUUCAGUCUUGUUAAAACCAUGGAAGAAAUAACAAUCCCUCAAAAUGGGAUUUAUUGCAAAGGUGCUUUAGCAAUUGCAGAAGCUUUAAAUGUUCAUGAAUCUCUUGAAAAUUUGGAUGUAAGUUAUAAUGAAAUCAAUGGUGAAAGUGGGGUUAUAUUAACAAAGGUACUAUGUGACAAAAUAAACUUGAAAGAGUAUAAUAUUAAUGGCAAUAGGUUUGGAAUGGAAACUAUUGACAUAAUUUCAAAUACACUAAAAGAAUCCAACAAAGACAAAACUCUGGGAUCAUUCAGCGGUGAUGAAGGUGAAUGUUCUUCUGAUGAAGAAGAUGAUAAUGAUGAAGCUGAAGAAAGUUCUACUGAUAGUGAAGAUGGUGAUGUUUCUACUUCUUAUGCUGAUAAAACUGCUGAUCUAAUGAAAGAUAUGGCUGUUGGUGAGGUUAAAUUAGUAAAAAAUUCCACGGAUGUUGUUAGUUUUGAAAUAUUAGUUGAUCAACUAAUGGAUAUUGCUGGUCGUUAUCAAAAUGCAGAUGAUAAAGAUACAUUGGAUAAAUGUUUUGAAUUGUAUAAAACAGCUUAUACUAAUGCCACCAAAGAAUUAAAGUUUGUUGACUUGACAAAUUUGUUGUUAGUAAAACAUGGAUUAAUUAAAAGUGAAGACAAAAAAUUCCAAUUACGAAAAGAUGUUGGUAGAUGUUUAGAAGUUCUAAAAAUAGCUGUUGAAAAUAAAAAUGUGAUUCCUGAACCAUCUCAAUGUGUUUUAAGCUUUAUGUUAAAAAAAAAAUAUUCAUUUCAAUAA